UGUGUCUCUUGGGGGCCGCCUCAUCUUAACCAAACUUGUAAGAGACCAACACACAAAUCAGAAAAGGAAUGUGCUAACUUAGGAUGGGCAUGACCCCUUGCUUCAGCAAAAUACCGUGUCCCUCAAUAGACACCCCUCUCUGAGCCUGGAUACAGGUUCCCCUGCUAUCCAGAAGCAGAGCGUUCCUGUGACACCUUCCAAGGCCGAAAUGGCAUAAAGCGAAGAGGCACUUAGUUACCUUGUUAGGACACGUGUUGCUCACGGCGCACAGGGCAAAUCGAGACGAAGCGCAGACGCCCCCGGACGCGGCUCGCAGCCCUGGCAGGUUGGUGCUGCGUGUAGUCCCACAGGAGCUCGGCAGGGGCCGCUCUCGCUGCCUCGGUUGCAGCUGCUGCAGAACAAAUGCUGAGCGCUGUUUUCACUUUUUGCCUUUAUUCAAAAAAAGCUAAAAUCCUGUUUGGCUUUGUUGGAAAACAGGUACUAAUGUAGGUCUCUUGUAAAAGCAAAGUGGUGUAAAGAGAACUUUCAAAAAGCAGGGGACAUUUUUCCCUGGGAAACAAAGUUAGGCCCUGUCGUUGCUUCAUGCCUACAGUGUGACGUGACCUUGCCUGCCCCCAGACCCUGUCAGCACCCCGUUCAGGUCCUGAGCUCUGACGCGCUCUGUCAGUCCUCCCCUCUGUGCCCCUGCUCACUUUGCCUCUGUUAGAGCAGAUGUUCUCACGAGGGGCGAUUCUGCCCUCAGGAGCGGACGUUGGCAACACCUGGGGACAUUUUUUUGGUUGUCCCAACUGAGGGGAGGUACUAUUGUCAGUUGCGGGGGGCAGGGAAGCUGUUCAGCGUCCUAAAGAGCCCAGGAUGCUGAGGGUGGGGACCCGAGUUAGAUCCGUGACUUAGGCGAAGGGCCAAAGAGAAGAUUCACGAGGCCGGAGAGAGAAGAGUAAGCGCUGUCGGCUGGAGGCUUCAGAAGCUGGAAAAUGAGGAGAAGCAGCUUUCGGCAGAAGCCUACACACUUGACAAGGUGCACGUCCAGGCUGAGAAGGCUGGCAGGGCCUGGGGAUGGGGGCGCGGGUAACCCUGACAGUGGGGCAGAGGUGGGAAGAAAAAUGGUGAUUGGCUAAAAGUCUCCAUGGGAGUAAUUAGAACCCCUCAGGCCUGUCCACCCUCAUGGGAAACAGAAGGCUGCCCCCAUCCCUCUGAAACUGAACCAGCGGGACAGACUGAAGACGAGAAAGGGUGAAAGUCCGGCCCACGGCCACCGCUGUCCACCAUCGGGGAGGACACAUCCAAGGAGAAUUAGGUUGUGUGCAUUUCCAUCACAAGCCCCCUCCUCUCCCCUGCCAUCUCCCCGUCUCCCUCCUGCCUGAACCCCGAGGUGUCCUCUUGCCCCGCCCAUAGCCCCCGAGGUCACCAAGGCACCGGUCCGCCGGGGACCUAGAGCGUCCCGGAAGUGCGCGAGGCCGGGCGGGCGGGGCGCGGGAGCACUUCCGGCCGGCGGGCGGGCUGGCGGCCACCUCCCGAUCGGAAGGUGUGCAGUCCUCCAGCAGGCCUUGGGGGAAGAUGGCAGCCCUGGGGGACAGUCAGGAGCCCCCUCAUGUCCUGUCCACUGUCACUUUCGAGUCACCGGAGACACCUGGAGCCUGCCACCGCCACGAGGCCCAGCUUCACCUCCACGGCCAUCAACAUGGCUUCCCCGGCUGCAGCCCUGAGGUGCCCUCCCAGCCACCACAGGAGGAGGAUCUCCGGGACGUGGAGGAGGUCCAGGCUGGCAGAGACACCUUCUGGCCAGAUCCCGAGUUGGAGCGCGAGCGGGCCCCGUCGUCUCCCCAGCCGCACAAUCCUGAAGAUGAGGUGGACCGGGACACGGGGGUGCUCAGGACCCUUCUGAGGAGCCUUCCCCAUAGACCCAGGUGUGGGGACAGCUUGGGGCAGGAGUGCAGCCUGGAGCGGCCGUUAGGCCAGCCGCCGGGGGCCGGGCCCCGCCCCCAGAAGAGAGGCACCUGGCGUGGGCCGCUGGGGCUGCAGGGAGCCUCGGGGACAGAGGGCGGCCCGGGGCGCGCCGACGAGCUGGCGGGCAGCCUCGGCCGGGGCUCGGGCCUCGGGGCCCGGCAGAGUGGCCCGCGGGGCGGGAAGCCGCACAGGUGUGAGGCCUGCGGGAAGAGCUUCCAGUACAACUCGCUGCUGCUGAAGCACCAGCGCAUCCACACGGGCGAGAAGCCCUACGCCUGCCACGAGUGCGGCAAGCGCUUCCGCGGCUGGUCGGGCUUCAUCCAGCACCACCGCAUCCACACGGGCGAGAAGCCCUACGAGUGCGGCCAGUGCGGCCGCGCCUUCAGCCACAGCUCGCACUUCACGCAGCACCUGCGCAUCCACAACGGCGAGAAGCCGUACGAGUGCGGCGAGUGCGGCCAGGCCUUCAGCCAGAGCUCCAACCUGGUGCGGCACCAGCGGCUGCACACGGGCGAGAAGCCGUACGCCUGCAGCCAGUGCGGCAAGGCCUUCAUCUGGAGCUCGGUGCUCAUCGAGCACCAGCGCAUCCACACGGGCGAGAAGCCCUACGAGUGCCCCGACUGCGGCAAGGCCUUCCGCGGCCGCUCGCACUUCUUCCGGCACCUGCGGACCCACACGGGCGAGAAGCCCUUCGCCUGCGGCGCCUGCGGCAAAGCCUUCGGCCAGAGCUCCCAGCUCAUCCAGCACCAGAGGGUGCACUACCGGGAGUAGCGGGCGCGGGGCCGCGCGUCAGCAGCCUGAGGUCGAGGCGAGUUCCCGCGGAGGGCUCCUGCCUUCGCGCCUCCUGGCUGGCGCAGCCGGCAUCUCGUGCGUGUCCCGAAUAAAGUCUGUGUACUUGAUGGACGCGGGAGGAAGGCCACGUGGCUGCCCCCCAUCCCUGAGGGCUCCUGUCGGCAGAGCCCACCGCGUGCCCUAGCGGCCGAGGCCUGCGGGCGUCGUGACUUACCAGAGCCAUAGCCAGGGCGGGGUCAGGCACCCCAGGACGGGGUCAGGCACCCCAGGAUGGGUGGUUUCCAGAUUGGGGUGGGGGGGCCCGGGCUGCCCGCUCUCCCCCUGGGCUGUAGUCUCUGGCGGUUUGGUUUCCUCAUGCAUCUGGGAGAAUGUGUGUGGCAUGUUCUCUCUGCAGCAAGCCCUCGAUCUGCUCUGUUUGCCUUCUCACCCUGCCUCUGCACCUACUGGUGGCUGCCUGAGGCCAGCGGGCUUCAGUGGAAGGUGGCCCUGCCCAGCCUUCAUAGCUGCCUCCAGCCCCAGGAAGCCGGGGCCCCAGGGGGUUCCCCGCUUGACAGGUCUAGGCGACUGCAGCUGGGCAUUGGCUGUAGCCGGCUUCAGAUCUGCCAUGACUGCCCUGUAGCUCCCCAGCCCCUGUGGUAAAGGGGAGAGCCCAGCUGGGUGGGGGUGCCUUCUGUCUGCCUUCCUGCCCGCUCCUUCCUGGACAGCUUUGGGACCCCCACCCCUGCCGCCUGCACCACACACGGAGUUGCCCGGCCCCUCUCCAGGGUAUAACUCCGCCUCGCCUCCACAUCCUCUUUCCCAGUGACCCCAGUGGAGAGCCCUGUGGUUGGGCUGCCCCGCCUCUCCAGGCUACACUCCCAGGGCCCCGAGGCCAUCAAGCGCUUUGGACUCCCCCACGAGGGUCAGGACACCUCCUUGAGUCGUCUUUGCUGGUGCACUGUGACACCCUGGAAGACGAGGGACAUCCGCCUUCUCCCCAGCCCCCUGUCCCUAAUACCACGUGGCUAUUGGGUAUCGUGAAGCUUCCACCUUGGGCAGCCAGGCCGCGGAGCGGGCGAGCAGAGUCCCCAGGGCUUUCCGGGGAGCGGUGGCUCAGCCUGUGCUCCAGAAGGGUCAUCCUGCAGCCUCAGCACCAAGGCUGGACUCGGAUACCUGCACCACAACCGGACUUAGCGGGCAGCCCCAGAGCAGAGCCCGGCGGUCCUCCACACUGUCCUAGACUGUCCUGGAGGUGGCCCGGCAGACCCUCGGUGACGGGACAGGGACAGGGCGGGAGCUCCCAGGCCACUGAGCAACAGGCGUGCAAGCUAGGAAGGCUGCCCAGAGGAGGGGAGCGUGGAAUCAACCGCCCCCAGCUGCAGCUCCUUGGUGCCAGGAGGUGAACUCUCAGCAAAGGCUCUGUGUCCUCCCUUGUCGCGUGCGGCCCGCCAAGAUGGGCUGAAUGGCAUUUGCAUUUGCCGGCUUGGGACCGGUUCUCUCUCGAGGGUUCCGGCUGAUGCAUUCAGCACUUCCCGGGAACCUGGAACGCCCGGCAGGACCGAGACAAGGACUCCUCAGGGCAUCUUCUCUGCCCGUUGUGGCUGCCCAGGUUUCUCAGUAUCUGGCUGCACAGGACGUUAUAGUUCUCGAGCCCUGACCGCUCCUGGGACGUGGGUACAGCCCGGAGUCUCUGCACUGUCCUCCUGCCUCGUGUCAGGCACAGGCGUCACGCCCCUCCUCCCCCGCCAUCGUCAUCCUCCGGUUCCAGCUCUGUGCCCCGGCCUGCUCUGGAGCCUCUAUCCGCCCUGGGUGCGAGUGUCUCUAGCUCAGCGGCCACUGUCCCUCGCCUCCCGCUGACCCUGUUAUCUCCAACCCCAUGGGCUGCGCUCCCUCCCCCCCGGGCCCGUGUCCUCGGCUCCAGCCAGCCUCAUGCUGUUCCCUGAAGUGACCCACUGGUCUCCGGGAGACCAGGGUUAGGAUUGCCCAGGCUGCCCUGAUGCCAGCCCAGGCACUUACUGUCCCUCACAGAGCCUGUUUCCUCCUCUGGAAAUAGGGACAGCCGUCUGUUGGCACCUCACAGGGGGAUUGGGAGGAUGGCCAUAGAAUCCUUUGCACGCCACCAGGCACACAGCAAAAACCCAUAAAAGGGGCUCCUGGAAAGGCUCUGUCGACAACCAGGGACAGGUCAGGAACACUGUUAAUGGACAGCCUCAGCAGAAAGCCACCUGGGGCCAGGGCCGGCCACGGCAAGUGUAAAAGGACAUUGAGGGAGACAGAGUGAGGCACCAGGAAAGCGGUCCCUGUGCGUUUCAGAGCCCAGGAAGUGGUCACCUGUGUAGGGGCAGUAUCUCCUUUCGGCCCUAGAAGUAAAUAAAAGCCCUAUAGGAGCUUGAGCCCUAAAGAAAGGUGGCCCUGUGAGGAGCUCCCAGGGCCCCGCACAGGGAAGAGGGUCCAGGAGCUGACAGUCCAUCUCGGGCUCUGUGCAGUGCGGAGCGGGCUGCGUGUGCCUGUGAGUCGGGAAAUAACGACAACGCUAGGCCUAAAUGUGGACACUUUUCAGUUGGAUACAAGGGGUUUUAUUUUUACAUGAUAUAAGCAGUGUGGCAUGAUGGUUAAGAGAAUCGACUUUGAAACUUAAAGCCCAACUCUACACUGAAGUGUAAGGUUGGACAAGCUAUUAGUCUCCAAAUUUGUUUUCUAAUUAGGAAAAAGAAAAAGAUGUAUUAGGGCUCUCCAGAGAAACAGACCCAAUUGGAGAGAUAGGUAGAUAGGUAGGUAUUCUUAGGAAUUGGCUCACGAGAUUAUGGAGGCUGAGACGUUCUGAGACCUGCAGUCAGGAUGCCGGAGACCCAGGAGCGCCGAUGGCAUAGUUCCAGUCUGAAAACCGGCAGGCCCAGGACCCAAGGGAAGCCAGUGUUUCAGUCCAAGUCCAAAGGUAGAGUGAGACUGACGCCCCAGCUCAACAGUCAGACAGGAGUUCCGUAUUACUUUGUCUUUUUGUCCUAUUCAGUCGUUCAGCUGAUUGGCUGGGGCCCACCCACGUUAGGGAGAACAACCUGCUUUACUCAGUCUGCUGCCUCAGAUGUUGAUCUCACUCAGAAUAACGUCUGACCAAAUAUCUAGACGCCCCGUGGCCCCGUCCAGUUGACGCAUAGAAUUAACCGUCUCAAGCAAGGAUAAGACUGUACUUAAUGCCACAGGGUUGGCCUCAUUCCUCCUGAUACGGAUGUGCCCUCUCCCCGUGACGCAGAGCAGAGCUCAAAGCAGCCCCAGACCCAUUUGUAUCUAUUUCCACCACUAGAACGGUAAGGGAAGCGUCCCAGGGAAGGGCUCUGCUGGUUUCUGCUGGGCUCUCGUGCACUCGCUGUCCGUCCCUGGGCCAAGGGCUGUAAUCAGGGAGGUGGCCCAGAGAUCGUCAUUCAGCCUGAUUCAAGGUCACACCCAUGGCUGGCUGCAGGAUGCUGGGAUGAGCAAACAGAACCAUAAGGUCCUCUGCACACGUUUUCAAUACCAGUAUUGUCCACGCGCUUGUCUUUUUCAGUUGCUAUGCAACAUUCCAUAUUGGGCUACCUCAGUAUCCCAAGGGUUUUGGACUUCGAGAGACCCCAGAUUAAUGAUGGCCCAGAGGUGGAAGCCAAGACGUGGUCUAUGGACUCAUCUGCCCUGUGCCGUGUGCCCCAAGCAGGUGGGCAGGAAGGCAGGCUCUCCCCACAUCCAGCUUGUAAGGACACUCACUCUACUUCGUAGCCCAGCUCUGCCACUCAUUUCUAUGCCACCUGGGCAAGGUCCGUAUCCUCUCUAAGCUGCAUCGGUAAAUUGGCGAUAGUGAUUCUAUGGAAUACAUCACAAGGUUCUGUGAGCGCUAAAUGAGAUCAUCAUGUGAAGAACCAGCAGAGCACAGGCCAGAAGCAGAAGUUAACAUCCACUUCCCACCUGGAAAAUACACAUCCUCCCUCA